UCUGAAGCGGAGCUGCUGGCUGCUGCUGAGCCGUUUGGCGGUGCGCUCGCUCCAGACCCCGGGCUCCCUCUCUCCCUCCCUCUCUACUGUACUCGGGGCUCGCCUUCCAGGGGACCCACCUCCACACAUGCCCGCGUCCCCAGCGCCGCUGGCUCCCCGGGGAUUCCUUGCGCCGCUCGCUCGGCCGGCUCUGCGGGCCGGCAUGAAGUUGACUCAGAGCUAGAGGAGCGCCGCGGUGGAGGAGGCGGAGGAGGACCGGAUCCCGGAGCAGGAGCGCGGAGCAGGCGGCCAGCCCCUCUCGGAGCUUUCCGGUUCUGACCACAUGGUGCAAAGCCUCGACUGACCUGCGGCUCCUGCAUACAGACUUACUACUGUGGCUCGGCGUGGGCGUGCUGACCUGAUGGUGUAACCGGAGUAAAGAUGAGCAUUAGCAGCGAUGAGGUCAACUUCCUGGUCUACAGAUAUCUGCAGGAGUCAGGGUUCUCCCACUCGGCGUUCACCUUCGGCAUAGAGAGCCACAUCAGCCAGUCCAACAUCAACGGCGCCCUGGUUCCGCCCGCCGCCCUCAUCAGCAUCAUCCAGAAGGGUCUGCAGUACGUGGAGGCCGAAGUCAGCAUCAAUGAGGACGGCACGCUGUUCGACGGCCGGCCCAUCGAGUCGCUGUCCCUGAUCGACGCCGUGAUGCCGGACGUGGUGCAGACCCGGCAGCAGGCCUACAGGGACAAGAUGGCGCAGCAGCAGGCCGCCGCUUCGGCGCCGGCGUCGACCGCCGGGGGCGGCAUCGCCAGCAACGCCAAGAACGGCGACAACACUGCCAACGGAGAGGAGAACGGAGCGCACACCUUAUCCAAUAACCACGCCGACCUGAUGGAGGUGGACGGAGACGUGGAGAUCCCUCAGAACAAGGCCAUGGUGCUGCGGGGCCACGAGUCGGAGGUCUUUAUCUGUGCCUGGAACCCCGUCAGUGACCUGCUGGCCUCAGGCUCUGGUGAUUCCACGGCCCGGAUCUGGAACCUGAGUGAGAACAGUACGAGCAGCUCCACACAGCUGGUGCUGAGACACUGCAUACGAGAGGGAGGACAAGACGUCCCCAGCAACAAAGACGUCACCUCACUGGACUGGAAUAGUGAGGGCACGCUGUUAGCGACGGGCUCCUACGACGGCUUCGCCAGGAUAUGGACGAAAGACGGUAACCUGGCCAGCACUCUGGGUCAGCACAAAGGGCCCAUCUUUGCACUUAAGUGGAAUAAGAAAGGCAAUUUCAUCCUGAGUGCAGGAGUGGACAAGACAACAAUCAUAUGGGACGCUCACACAGGAGAAGCCAAGCAGCAGUUUCCCUUUCACUCAGCUCCGGCGCUGGACGUGGACUGGCAGAGCAACAACACGUUCGCCUCCUGCAGCACGGACAUGUGCAUCCACGUCUGUAAGCUGGGACAGGACAGACCCAUCAAGACAUUCCAGGGACACACAAAUGAAGUAAAUGCAAUCAAGUGGGAUCCUACGGGCAACCUGCUGGCCUCCUGCUCCGACGACAUGACGCUCAAGAUCUGGAGUAUGAAGCAGGACACCUGCGUCCACGACCUGCAGGCCCACAGCAAAGAGAUCUACACCAUCAAGUGGAGUCCCACCGGCCCCGGAACCAACAACCCCAGUGCGAACCUCAUGCUCGCCAGCGCCUCCUUCGACUCCACGGUCCGGCUCUGGGACGUGGACCGAGGCAUCUGCAUCCACACGCUCACCAAACACCAGGAGCCGGUCUACAGCGUGGCGUUCAGCCCCGACGGGCGGCACCUCGCCAGCGGCUCCUUCGACAAAUGCGUGCACAUCUGGAACACACAGACGGGCGGGUUAGUCCACAGUUACAGAGGGACGGGGGGGAUCUUCGAGGUCUGCUGGAACGCAGCGGGGGACAAAGUGGGAGCCAGCGCGUCGGACGGAUCGGUUUGUGUACUAGACCUGCGGAAAUAGUGCUGCUGUUGGCUGGAAGCCAUGGACCGACCAUGAAUGUGUACAUAGCCAAAAUGACUGUCCCUGCCUGCCCUGCGCGCUGCGCACGCUCACGGCCCGCCGCCCGCCCGCGGACAGGCAGCAGCAGGCCCGGAACAGGAAGCCCACGCAGCAGGUCCAGGCCCGGGACGACCCGACGGACGGACGGACGGAGGAACGGGCGGACGGACGGACGGACGGAGGCAUCCCUCCACAUCUGUGCAGACUCUGAGAGAGAAGCAGAAAACAAACUGACAGACAAAAAAAAGACAACAAACAAGUAUCAGAUCCGUAUAUGUACCAAAAUUUGGACGCUGUUUUUUUAAUUUUCUUUUCGUUCUUUUUUUUUUUUCUCCAAUCUUUCAAAUCCAUUACUCGUCAUCGUCAUCAGGAAACCACAGAGAGAAAACAAAUCUCAUCCUGACCUGCAGACAUAUCAGCUCCUCCACCAAGGCACUUAAUGUCCUUUUUUAAAGCUCCAUUUCUCUUGUUUUUAUAUUUUUUAAUCUUUCAGAGGGACGGUGGGGGAUGGGGGAGGUCAGAGUUAGGCCGAGUACACACAGACACACACACACACACACACACACACACACACACACACACACACACACACACACACACACACACACACACACACACACACACAGAACCUCGGGACAGAGCGUGGACGCUGCUUCUGGUCCUGGGUGAAGAUGCAGUGGAGAACGCUGACUGUUGCCUCCACUUCUGUGAAAGUACGCUCUGAAAUCACGUCUCCACGCCCGAUUGGAUUCCGCCUCAAACGCCAGUCUCGAGUCAGGUGUUCUGGAAAACGUCUCUGGAUGUGAAGCUCAGAGGGCCGAGCCAAUGAAAACCUCACCGUAUCAACAUCGCCCACGCGUACAGGAAGUCCUUCAGAGCAGCUGAGUGUCCCACGGGCGCUGUGUGACAUGCCGGUUAAAAACCACAGAGCAGUCAAGAACGACUGAUAUCACUGAAUUCCACCAAUACCUGCUGUGUAAUGGAGUAUAGCGCAGGCGUCUGUGUUGUAGCGCCGUUAUUUCUCAGUGGCGUCGGUUCAGCUGUGGCCGUUCAGUUUGUCGGUCGUGCACUUUUCCAAUCGGAGCCACACGGCGGUGAGAAACUUCCCCGAUUAAUCCCAGAAAUGUGACUUGCGCGGCGGUUACUUCGAAAAAGCACUUUUUUUGUCGGAUCGAAGUCGUAACCUGAAACGACGGAGCUUUAUUUUCAACCUGCUACACCAAAGAAACAUCCCGACUCUGAUCAGAACGCCGCAGCGAGCGGCUUUUGUUUCUCUUUUGUAACCAUGUGGCUUUAUCGUCUCCUGCAUCGAACGCUAAAGGUCAGAGGUCGCGUGGAGCGCAGUAACUUCCAGUCUGAUCAGAUCCCAGUGUUUACAUGGCGAGAUGCUGAUCACAUCCGACCGGAUUUGGCUCGAUUAUCAAAUCACAGUUUUUUAAAAGGAGGAAUUUUAUUGGUUAGAAAGAUGUUUUAAAAAAAGCCAAAGUGAGACAUCGGAUUCCUGAGGUCUGGUUUACACCACGUUUCAGGUGAAAACGCUCCGGGAGGAGCUGCGUUUUCCCCCGUUUCCGUGGAGACGGAGCAUUUUCAGAAAGGUCCACCUUGAGAGCCGUUUGCGGUGGAAGGUGAGCGUUGUCAGGUGAACCGACCUUCCAUGAAAGUUUUGCGUUUUCACUUGAAGAAGCCUGAAAGGAGGAACCAGUGUUUUCCCCUCGUAGCACUUAAACCGCCGGCUUCUCAGGACGGCCCGUGUCGUUUUGUCCUAGUGGAGCGGAAGUUGUUGACGGCUUCUCCGCCUCGUGUGGAUCAAAUGACCACGACUGAAGGUUGUGGCUGUCGGUUUGUCCCCCGGUUCGAUUCCCCCCCCCCGGUGUGCUCGCCUCGCUUUCUUUGGCUGGACCCUUUUGGACGUUUCAUCCCGGCAGCAGCUGCACGACUCGUCCCUCUGAGAUAUUUUUAUAAUCUAGAUUUUCUAAACUAUUUUUUAAUAACGCGGCCACCCCAAAUUUUCCCUGCGGCAGGAAGUGGAGGGCUCCAGUCUGGCGGGGGUCGAAGGUCAAACGCUGCGUCUCUCCUCUGCACCCUCCUAAACUCCACGAGACAUUUUCCACUCUUCUGACAGAAACGCAGAGGUUCCAUUCUUUGUGCAGUUUGUUUGUGGAGCUGAUGGUUGGAUGGCGGCGCGUCGGCCGCCUGCCGGUUUGCCCGUGGGCGGCGCCAACGGUUGACCCUGAAAUGUAACGCUCGCCGAGCCACGGCCCCGAAGACGCCUCGGCCGGGGAGCGGCUUCCCGGACGAGCAAAUCACCACUAAAUCUGUCAAAUAUGUUUUAAUAAAGAAUUGUUUUACUUUUUCUUUUGCUUGAAUCUCUUCGGGAGUGCCGGCCCCCGAGCGGGGGUUCCUCCGCAGUCUGAGCUGAAAAAUGUGAAGUGAAACAAAAACACAAACUUGUUUUAUAAGCAGGAAUGGGCUUGUUCAGAUCUGACUUUUCAUUGCUGCAUUGCAUUAUUGAUGAAACUGUUGCCAGAAAACAUUGCACAAUGUCAACAUUUAUAUUCAAGAUUUAUAUUAAAUUUGUCAAAAUAAUUUUUUUAUUUUUAUAUUUUAGUUAAUUUCAGACAGCUCAAAGUAUGAUUGAAAAAAUAUUAGGUUUCAUAACCAUAUAUUUUGGACAUUUUAACCUUUAAAUAGCCAAAUGUGUUAAAACAGUUCAUUGAAAAAUUGCAUGAAAUGCCAACCUCAAAGCAAUUUGUGAACUGUUAGCAUUCGUCAGACUGAAAACUUUAUAAAAGUUAAAGAAAUAUUGAACCAAUUACAAAUAAACGGUUCAUGUUACAACCACGUUUAUCGUAAUAUAAUAUAUAUUCUGAAAAAUAAGAGCACCAAACAUUCUGAAAACAAUUAAAAUGUUGUUAAGCCAAAUCAGCACAACAUGAAAUAAAAUCAAUAAAAAGAUGUAAAACUAUAAAACAAAUAUUGCCAAACUUCACUACGUUUUCAGUAUGAUGCUAAUCUGUGGUAUUUCCCUCUGUCAGGAGUUCUACACAUUUUUAUUUCAAAACCAAUCAGUCAACAUGAACUUGUGUUUUUCUGGAGAAACUUAAGCAUGCUCAGCAAAUACAUAUUUAUUUUAUAGUGAAUUUAGUUUUUCAAACACAAACGUAAAUGUCCUGAGACUGACGCAAUCGGCAAACUCUCACCUGCUUUUCAAACAAGUUUCUGAAGGGAAAGGUUCUGUUCUCAGUGGUUCUUCCUGCCUGAGGCUGGAGCUCCUCUGAAGUUCCUCUGAGACGCCGUUUACGCCACCUUUCAAGUGAAAAACUGUUUUUUUGAGUUUUUAUUUCAGGAAAGUUUCACGUUUACACAGAAAUGUUUUGAAAACAAUGUCUGUCUACACGGAAACGGCAGAAAUGAUGAAAAAGUUGUAGUUUUCAUGUUGUGCCAUGAGUUUGCGCCGUUUGCUUUGGUAAAGAAACACACACACACACACACACACACACACACACACACACACACACACACACAGAAAAACACCAUCAAGAUUAACAGUAGCAAGCAAAUGGACGUAGGUGUGGAAACCAUCUUCAGAAAGUUGAGCGUUUCCCCCCGUUUCCAUGGGGACGGAGCAUACUCUGAAAGUUGUGUUUACACCCGUUGCCAUGGAGAUGGAGACAUUUUUCCAACAUUUCCAGCAGGGGAGUGGUUUGAUAGUCCUCAGUUGCCCUGAGCGCCGUUGUCGUGUGAACGCAGCAGAGGUUUUCUGUUUUUACUUGAAAACGGCUCGAGGCAGCUCCAAUCUCUGGACGAGGACUUAACGAGAUUUAACAGAAGAUUCACCAAGUGCAGAUUAUCUUUGAGAACUUUGUUACUCAGACAACACAACUCGACACAACCUUGAUUUCUUAUUUUAUUUGUCCCGUGCGCUAUCUGGCUUCACUCUGGAGUCUGUCACCAAAUCCUUCCUCAAAGAGCGGCUCAGCUUCUGACAGACGUUUCCUCUCCUGACCUCCUCUUUCUGUCUCCUCGCGGUUUUUGAAUGAACCUGUACGUUGAGCUCUCCAGCAGGUGACCCCUCCGAUGCCGCCGCCGCCGCCGCCACCGGGUGUGUAUCUCGUGGGUCGGCCUUUCUGUGGCCCGACCCAGCAGCUCCCCCAGCUCCAGGCUUUCUAUUCUGUUUUAUUCUGCUCUCAUCACCUUCAUCUGUCACCAGUUCAAGUCAGAUCAGUGGAAAUUAAAUUCAGAAUAAAAUAUAUUUUGAUAAGA